AUGCCCUUCCUGCUCUGCUGCAGCCUGCUCGCCGCACUCGCAAAGGAGGAGUGCGCCGACUCCUCCUCUCUGGCCGUCGGCCAGCUGGCGGGAAAGCUCGCCGUCAUCACUGGCGCAUCGCGUGGCGUUGGAGCCGAGCUCGCACGGGUGUACGCCCGUGAGGGAGCGUUUGUUGUGGUGAACUACUUCAGCAGCAAGGAGAAGGGCGAAGCCGUCGCCGCCGAGAUCAACGCCGCGUGGCCGUCGCGCGCCCUCGCCGCGCAGGGCGACGUGACGGUCAAGGAGGACAUGGUGAAGCUGGUCGCUGAUGCCGAGACGCACUUUGGCAGGAAGGUCAGCGUCGUUGUCAACAAUGCGCUGCCCCGCUACAAGUUCGACCCGGGCUCAUCCAUGGCGAGCAUUAAGACGGUGUCGACAGAGGACCUGGAGCAGCAGAUGAGAGGUACGCUCGCCGGCGCCGUCAACAUGGUGCAGGCAGCGCUGCCCUCGUUUGAGGCGUCCAAGUUCGGGAAGGUGGUCAACAUCGGCUCCAACCUCGUCGACAGCCCUAGAUGGUUAUACAGAUCCGUGUCCUUCCCGCAGGCGGCGCUCGUCGGCCUCACGCGCAACCUCGCCGCGGAGCUGGGGCCGUCCGGCGUGCGCGUCAACCUGGUGGCGGGCGGCCUGCUCGAGACGACCGACGCCCGGACCACCGCUGAACGGCGGCGCGUCGAAGAGGGAGUAGCACAGACGUCGACACUCAAGCAGGCGGCGCUGCCACACACACACACACAGGCGUGCGUCUUCUUCGCCUCGGACGCGUCGAACGCGGUGACCGGGCAGAGCCUGUCGGUCGAUGGCGGGCUGACGAUGCCCUGA